ACCCCCUGAAUCCAUCCCCAAAGCAGAACGCACAGUACUGACACAGAGCAAUUGUCAAAACCCUAAUUCUCCAAUCAAAUAUGAACUGGCGAAAUUCGCCACCGACGACUUCCUUGAAGCAGAAGGUGAGCUUCACAGCCUGGUUCUUCUGCUGCUUCCGCGGCGCUGAGGCGGAGGGGGACGAGGGAACGCCAGCGGCGGCUUCGUUACUCCGAUCUUCUUCGAUCUGGAUCCGAUCCAAGGCCGGCGAGCUUCCAGAGCUCACGGAGCGGUGUAAGGAGAUAAUGGCGCGAAUCAGUAGAUCGUCGCGUCGGGAAUAUGGGGAGUUCAGGUACGAUCCGCCUAGUUACGCUCUCAACUUUGAUGAAGGCGGGGGGAGCGAUGACGCCGACGAUGCUAAGGAGUUCCCGUACCGGAACUUCUCCUCUCGCCUACCGUCGACGCCGCCGCAUCCGGCCUUCAGCUAGCUACGGUAAAAUCAUGGAGCUGAUGUGUUUAUAGCGUGUGAUUAAUGAGAUUUGGUCGAAUUGUUUUUUAAUGUUUUGAGAUCUCGAUCCGGUGAAUGUGUACUCUAAGACAAAUGAUUGAGAGAUCAAAACUUUUGCGGCCUGUUUUUUGUUGCCAAGCUGUAUUACUUGUAGGUAUUGUUAGUAUGAAAAUUAUGCUGAAAAACGAGUCUUUGUAGAUUUUGAAUUUAUGAAAAAUUUGCGUCUCUUUUAAAGUUAUAAUAUAUCAUUUCUUCC